CAGGACUACAACUCCCAUUGCCCGUAAUUAGGAAACGCCUGCAAGACGAGUGUGGGAGUUGUAGUUCAGCCACAGACUGGGCUCGGAAGGCAGCUUGGGAUGCCAAGCGCAUGUGCGCCUGCUGUUAUUUAGUGCAUGGGAACCAUGCCGGGGGAGCAGGAGCCCGUACAUCGACAGAUUCGCUUCGCCGAUGGCAGCGGCAGCAGUAAUGAAGGCGAUAAAGAGAGUGAGGAAAGCGGGAGCCCUUUGUUGGAUGGACUUCCGCUUCAGGAGCUCCCUAAAGACCAGCAGCAAGUGGGGCCCCAGCUCAAACUGCUCCCCAUGAAUGAUCAAAUCCGGGAGCUGCAGACUAUCAUUAGGGACAGAUCAACAAGUCGUGGGGACUUUGUAUUUUCUGCAGACCGGCUGAUCCGGCUGGUGGUGGAAGAGGGACUCAAUCAGCUGCCUUACACAGAAUGCACAGUCACUACACCCACAGGUUACAAGUAUGAUGGAGUGAAAUUUGAGAAGGGAAACUGUGGUGUGAGCAUUAUGCGGAGCGGAGAGGCCAUGGAGCAGGGAUUGCGAGACUGCUGUCGAUCUAUUCGCAUUGGGAAAAUCCUUAUCCAGAGUGAUGAGGAAACGCAGAAAGCUAAAGUUUAUUAUGCAAAGUUCCCUCCUGAUAUCUACAGACGGAAGGUUCUCUUGAUGUACCCUAUACUCAGCACUGGCAAUACUGUUAUUGAAGCGGUAAAGGUAUUAAUUGAACAUGGAGUCCAGCCAGCUUGCAUUAUUCUGCUCAGCCUUUUUUCUACCCCACAUGGUGCCAUCUCUAUCAUCCAGGAAUUCCCCGACAUCACCAUUCUAACUACAGAGGUUCAUCCUGUGGCUCCAACUCACUUUGGCCAGAAGUACUUUGGCACAGACUGAACAAAUGGCAACUCUAUAAGCUGGAAACCAACACAGGGCCCUGCAGCUUAACCUGCAUUCUCUGCCCUUUGGGCACAUUACAAUAUGCAACCUCUUUGCUAACUUUCCUUUUCUAGAUUUCUACUUCAUUUUCUGUCUGGCCACAAGGAGAACGCUAUGAAAAAUGUUUGAACUUUUGACCACUGAAAUUCAUGAGAACUUUAAAUGGACAACAUGAUAUAAGAGAGAUUAAUAUAUAUAUAUAACUUCUGCUUUACAGGAAACUAUUUACUGUUUAUAAAUCUGACUUGAGUGCCAUGAAUUUUCAUUCAAAUCUAGAGCUGUUAGAGCACUGCUGAUGUGCUUCCUUCUCUACAUGCUUAGUGUUUGUGGGUGCACUUCCAUGUGUUCGGUGGCAAAGUUAUGGUUCCAAAUGCAUAUAUCAGUCCCAGGGUCACGUAUGCGAACCCUUCCUAUAUCAAGUCAAGUAAGUGCAGACUUUAAUACUUGUUUCUGAUUGGCUGUAAGUAGAGUCUAGUGGCUAAUGGUAAGAUGCGUCAGCCAAAGUAACAUGGCAGCCCCAAGCAUAUAUGUCGGUGAUGGCUAACAUGCUGGUCCUUUAUGCUCGGCCUUGUCCCCCAUUUAGCUGCCUGCACAGAAAUGCUUGUAUGAAUGCCCAGAAUGUUAAAUAAUUCACACUGCCAGCUUUAAAUAAAACUCUGUACAAUGACACUCCAUUAACUCUUUUGUCAGUGUACCAGCUAGCACACAUUAUACACUGCUUUUAAAGUGUCAUACAAAAAGAAAUAUCUGGUCACCUUUCUUUUAUUAAAAGGAACUGUAUUAUGCCAUCACCAACAGGAAGUAAAAUGUGUGGUUAUUUAUAUAUGUCUGUGCUAUAUGCAGAGAAGGAGGUAUUUAAUAACAUGGUAUUGUCUGUGUACAAGUGUUUAUAUUUAGAAAUUAAGUGACUUACAAACACAGGUGCAAAAUAGCACAUGUGAAGUUGCCAGUAUCAACCAAUCAGCAAUUGGGUUUUAGCAGUCUGUUUUCAUUUUACAAUCUGUAUUAGACCCUCUGAAGCUAAUUGCUGGCUGGUUUUUGGCAACUGCACGGGUUCAAUUUAGCAUCUGUGUUUGAAAUUCUGCCCCAGAAUGUAUGUUCCCUUUAAUGAAUAUGUUCUACUUGAGAAACCUUUCAGCCUAGUACAUUGUCAUUUCAGUGUGACCAAAACCGGCCUUACAGGAAUUUAUUAUCUCUGGGAUAUCUUUCUUACAUUCUUGUCAAAGUAGAUGGGGUGCUGUUUCCUAUGGUUACAUGCUCAUCCUAAAGAUGUUAGUGCUGUGAGCCAUUAGUACAUCUCACACCUCAUUGCAUUUUGUGUUUCUAAAGAGCCAGUAAAUUCAUCUCUGUCCAUUAUUUGCAAAUAGAUUCUUUCUUUGAGCAGCAGCAGCAGCAGCAGCAGCAGCAUUCCUGAUUUUGCAGUGAUCCUCUUAUGAAGAAUGAAUAUUUCAUCAUUGUUACCUUGUAACUGAACCACUGCCCUUUGUUUGUAUUAGAGCACUAAGCUGUUGUACUGUUUCCUAUGUACACCAGCCCUGUGCAAAUUAAAGUGACAAUGACACCUUUAUUUUACAGUUUUCUGCAAGUUGUUCAGUUUACAGGGUGCUACUGUUACUUUCAGAGCACUCCCCAAAUCUGCUCCAGGUAACCUUGCAGACAUCAUGAAGGUACAUGUGCAUCAAGCCAAUAAGUGCUAUUGGCACUCUCAUUGAAUUUGCAUAUAUUUAAUGCUGGCUUAUUAUUUCAUUUCUUUGAGUAGAUAAACUGGACCCUGGGCUGAUUCGGCCUGAUUAUAAAUAUGAGUUGAGCUUCUUUGGUUUAUUUAUUUUAUUUCUUUCCAAUGAUAGCAGUACAACUGAGCACUAAAGCAAGGCCAAACAGAUUUUUUUAUUUUAAUUUCCUCCAUUGGAAACUGACAUCUCAUACAGCAGAUUUCUGCUUCCAUUGUGAAGCAGGCACAGUAAUUAAGAUGGGGCUACAUUUGCAACCUAACCAGUUGUCCCAAACAGCUGCUCUCGCAAAAAACCACAUGCCUGGUUAAGUUACUGUGUGGUCUUUCUCUGUACUUGCCACUUCAUUUACGGACUAGGAAAGUCCUGCUGUUCAUCUGUGCACAAGGGGUUGGGUACUGAGGCAAACCUAAAGCUAGUGAGUAUAAAGGUGACGAGUACCUGCUCUUCCCUGGUGCUUAGUAGUGGUUACCUAGGUAAGCAAGGUCUCCAGUUUAAUGGCAUGCCAUAACGAUUCAGUGGAGCUUUAAUAACAGCUGCAGGCUGUGUGCGUAACAGAAGAUCUUUGGGGCCCCUGACGAGAUGCAGAUACAGUCCCAUGCUAAUUGCUGCCUUUACAUCAGUUUUGCCAGAAUCAGUGUCUGUUUAGGUCUCUGUUAAAAUGAUGCAGCUUUGGUGGUUUAUUUUUUGUACAUUUGAUUUAUUUAUUAGCAACAAUAAAAUAACACAUUGUUACUCUUG